AUGUUGGCUUCUCCAUCUGGUGGUACAAUCGUUACUGUAUCCUCUGUAUUGGGCCACUUAGGCGCUUCACACCUAACAGACUACACCGCCUCCAAAGCCGCCCUCCUCGCCUUCCACACCUCUUUGCGUGCAGAAAUCUCCCAAAUGGCUGCCAACAAACCCCAAUACCCCGGUGCCGAAAACACAAAAAUGAUAUUGGUAAAGCCUGGCCAGUUGAGCACUGCAAUGUUUUCGACGCUCAAGUCUCCGUCUGAUUUCUUUGGGCCGGUGGUGCAGGCCAAGGAUUUGGCGAGGGAGAUUGUGGAUACGAUUGAGCAGGGCAGAGAUGGUGUUUUGUGUAUGCCGGUGUAUGCUUGGUUGGUUGAGUGGUUGGGUGUGUUGCCCGUGUCGUUGCAGAGGGCUGCUAGAUGGAUGAGUGGAGUUGAUGGAGCGAUGAAGACAUUUGGUUCCAAGCAAGAAUGA